GAAUCAGUGCAGCAGUUGGCUUUUGCUGGUGUAGCAGAGGAGGCAGUGCGGAUUCCUGUAGUCACUCCCUGCGAUUCACAUCCAGCCUCCCUGCUUGCGUUUGCGCGUAUCGUGGGCUUUUCUAGGUGCUGGACAUUAUCGUGUGUUCCUUGGUGGGGCUUCAUGAGAAGAAGCCGAUGACGAGCUGCGAUUGGUGAGGGUCAGCAUGACAUCAGUAGCCUCGGAGUUCGACCACAUGGAAAUUCAACAGCAAUACACCGACGUCAACAACCGCUGGGACGCAGACGACUGGGACAAUGAGAACAGCUCGGCCAGGCUGUUCGAGAGGUCCCGCAUCAAGGCCCUCGCAGACGAGCGCGAGGCGGUGCAGAAGAAGACCUUCACGAAAUGGGUGAACUCUCACCUGGCGCGCGUGUCGUGCCGGAUCACAGACCUGUACAUGGACCUGCGUGAUGGACGCAUGCUCAUCAAGCUGCUGGAGGUGCUGUCGGGAGAGAGACUCCCCAAGCCCACAAAGGGAAGGAUGCGCAUCCACUGCCUGGAGAACGUGGACAAGGCCCUGCAGUUCCUGAAGGAGCAGAGAGUCCACCUGGAGAACAUGGGUUCCCAUGACAUCGUCGACGGCAACCACAGGCUCACGCUGGGCCUCAUCUGGACCAUCAUCCUCCGCUUCCAGAUCCAAGAUAUCAGUGUGGAGACUGAAGACAACAAGGAGAAGAAAUCUGCCAAGGAUGCCUUGCUCUUGUGGUGCCAGAUGAAGACUGCUGGCUACCCCAACGUCAACAUUCACAACUUCACCACCAGCUGGAGAGAUGGCAUGGCCUUCAACGCACUCAUUCACAAACACAGACCUGACCUGAUUGACUUCGACAAGCUCAAGAAGUCCAACGCACACUACAACCUGCAGAACGCCUUUAACCUCGCCGAGCAACACCUCGGCCUCACUAAGCUCCUGGACCCAGAAGACAUCAGCGUGGACCACCCAGAUGAGAAGUCCAUCAUCACCUACGUGGUGACCUACUAUCAUUACUUCUCCAAGAUGAAGGCCCUGGCCGUGGAAGGGAAACGAAUUGGGAAGGUGCUGGACAACGCCAUUGAGACGGAGAAGAUGAUCGAGAAAUACGAGUCCCUGGCCUCCGAUCUUCUGGAGUGGAUCGAGCAGACCAUCAUCAUCCUCAACAACCGCAAAUUCGCCAACUCCCUGGUGGGGGUGCAGCAGCAGCUGCAGGCUUUCAACACGUACCGCACUGUGGAGAAACCCCCCAAGUUCACAGAGAAGGGUAACCUGGAAGUGCUUCUGUUCACCAUUCAGAGCAAAAUGAGGGCCAACAACCAGAAGGUAUACAUGCCCAGAGAAGGGAAACUCAUCUCAGAUAUCAACAAGGCCUGGGAGAGACUGGAAAAAGCCGAGCACGAGCGCGAGCUGGCUCUGAGGACGGAGCUCAUCCGGCAGGAGAAGCUGGAGCAGCUGGCUCGCCGGUUCGACCGCAAGGCGGCCAUGAGGGAGACCUGGCUGAGCGAGAACCAGCGGCUCGUCUCGCAGGACAACUUUGGCUACGACCUGCAGGCAGUGGAGGCCGCUACCAAGAAGCACGAGGCCAUCGAGACGGACAUCGCGGCCUACGAGGAGAGGGUCCAGGCGGUGGUGGCCGUCGCCCGCGAGCUGGAGGCCGAGAACUACCACGACAUCAAGCGCAUCACAGCCAGGAAGGACAACGUGAUCCGGCUGUGGGAGUACCUGCUGGAGCUGCUGCGGGCCCGGCGCCAGAGGCUGGAGAUGAACCUGGGCCUGCAGAAGGUCUUCCAGGAGAUGCUGUACAUCAUGGACUGGAUGGACGAGAUGAAGGUGCUGCUGCUGUCCCAGGACUAUGGAAAGCACUUGCUGGGGGUUGAGGACCUCCUGCAGAAACACGCCCUCGUGGAAGCCGACAUCAGCAUCCAGGCUGACCGAGUGAAGGCUGUCAAUGCCUCUGCUCAGAAGUUUGCCAGUGACGUAGAAGGGUACAAGCCCUGUGACCCGCAGGUGAUCCGGGACCGAGUGGCUCACAUGGAGUUCUGCUACCAGGAGCUGUGCCAGCUGGCAGUGGAGCGCCGGGCCCGGCUGGAGGAGUCCAGGCGCCUCUGGAAGUUCUUCUGGGAGAUGGCGGAGGAGGAGGGCUGGAUCCGCGAGAAGGAGCAGAUCCUGUCCUCGGAGGACUAUGGCAAGGACCUGACCAGCGUGGUGCGGCUCCUCAGCAAGCACAAGGCCUUCGAGGACGAGAUGAGCGGGCGCAGCGGGCACCUGCAGCAGAGCACCCGCGAGGGCGAGGAGAUGGUGGCCAACGAUCACUUCGGCUCCGACAAGAUCCGCGAGCGCAUCCGGGACAUCCAGGAGCAGUGGGCCAACCUGGAGCGGCUGUCCGCCGUCCGCAAGAAGUGCCUGGAGGAGGCCUCCAACCUGCACCAAUUCCAGGCCGACGCCGACGACAUCGACACCUGGAUGCUGGACAUCUUGCGCAUCGUGUCCAGCAGCGACGUGGGCCACGACGAGUACUCCACCCAGGCCCUGGUGAAGAAACACAAGGACGUGGCCGAGGAGAUCACCAGCUACCGGCCCGUCAUCGACUCUCUGCACGAACAGUCUCGCACCCUGCCCGCGGAGCACACCCAGUCCCCCGAGGUGCAGGGCCGGCUGGUGGGCAUCGAGGAGAGAUACAAGGAGGUGGCGGAGCUCACCCGCCUGCGCAAGCAAGCCCUGCAGGACGCCCUGGCGCUGUACAAGAUGUUCAGCGAGGCCGACGCGUGCGAGCUGUGGAUCGAUGAGAAGGAGCAGUGGCUGAUCAGUAUGGAGAUACCCGAGAAGCUGGAGGACCUGGAGGUCAUCCAGCACAGGUUCGAGAGUCUGGAGCCUGAGAUGAACAACCAGGCCUCACGUGUAGCUGUGGUGAAUCAGAUCGCCAGGCAAUUGGUGCACAGCGGACACCCCAGUGAGAAAGAGAUCAAAGCCCAGCAAGACAAGCUCAACACCAGGUGGAGCCAGUUCCGUGACCUGGUGGACCAGAAGAAGGACUCUCUCAACUCUGCCCUGGGUGUGCAGAACUACCACCUGGAGUGCAACGAGACCAAGUCAUGGAUCCGGGAGAAGACCAAGGUCAUCGAGUCCACCCAGGAGCUGGGCAAUGACCUGGCGGGGGUGAUGGCCCUGCAAAGGAAGCUGACAGGCAUGGAGCGCGACCUGGCCGCCAUCGAGGACAAGCUGGGCGACCUGCAGAAAGAGGCGGAUCGCCUGGCAGCCGAGCACCCGGACCAGGCGCAGGCCAUCAUGGGCCGGCUGGCAGAGAUCACUGGCGUGUGGGAGGAGAUGAAGACCACACUGAAGAACCGCGAGGAGUCCCUGGGGGAGGCCAGCAAGCUGCAGCAGUUCCUGCGCGACCUGGACGACUUCCAGUCCUGGCUCUCCCGCACCCAGACGGCCAUCGCCUCCGAGGACAUGCCCAACACGCUGACCGAGGCUGAGAAGCUGCUCACCCAGCAUGAGAACAUCAAGAACGAGAUCAACAAUUACGAAGAGGACUACCAGAAGAUGCGCGACAUGGGCGAGAUGGUCACGCAGGGCCAGACAGACGCCCAGUACAUGUUCCUUCGCCAGCGGCUGCAGGCCCUGGACACGGGCUGGAAUGAGCUGCACAAGAUGUGGGAGAACCGCCAGAGCCUCCUGUCCCAGUCUCACGCCUACCAGCUCUUCCUCAGAGACACCAAGCAGGCCGAGGCCUUCCUCAACAACCAGGAGUAUGUGCUGGCCCACACCGAGAUGCCCGCCACCCUGGAGGCCGCAGAGGCCGCCAUCAAGAAGCAGGAGGACUUCAUGACCACGAUGGACGCCAACGAGGAGAAGAUCAACGCCGUGGUGGAGACCGGCAGGAGGCUGGUGAGCGACGGCAACAUCAACGCGGACAAGAUCCAGGAGAAGGUGGACUCCAUCGACGACAGGCACAAGAAGAACCGGGAGGCAGCCAGUGAGCUCCUGAUGAGACUCAAAGACAAUAGAGACCUGCAGAAAUUCUUGCAGGACUGCCAGGAGCUGUCCCUGUGGAUCAACGAGAAGAUGCUCACGGCGCAGGACAUGUCUUACGACGAAGCCAGGAACCUGCACAGCAAAUGGCUGAAGCACCAGGCCUUCAUGGCCGAGCUGCAGUCCAACAAGGAGUGGCUGGACAAGAUUGAGAAGGACGGGAUGCAGCUGGUUGCGGAGAAGCCAGAGACUGAGGAAGUUGUGAAGGAGAAGCUGUCGGCGCUUCACACGAUGUGGGAGGAGCUCGAGUCCACAACGCAGACCAAGGCCCAGUGUCUCUUUGACGCCAACAAGGCAGAGCUGUUCACUCAGAGCUGCGCCGACCUGGACAAGUGGCUGGUGAACCUGGAGGGGCAGAUCCAGUCGGAUGACUAUGGCAAAGACCUGACCAGCGUCAGCAUCCUGCUGAAGAAACAGCAGAUGCUGGAGAACCAGGUGGAGGUGCGCAAGAAGGAGGUGGAGGAGCUGCGCAGCCAGGCCCAGGCCCUGAGCCAGGAAGGGAAGGACACGGACGAGGUGGACGGCCGCCGGCAGGUGGUGGAGAAGAAGUUCCAGGAGCUGCUGGAGCCCCUCCUCAAGAGGAAGAGCAACCUCAUGGCCUCCAAGGAGAUCCAUCAGUUCAACAGAGACGUGGAGGAUGAGAUCCUCUGGGUUGAAGAAAGAAUGCCAGUUGCAACUUCCACAGACCACGGGCAUAACUUACAGACUGUCCAGUUACUCAUCAAGAAAAACCAGACGCUCCAGAAGGAGAUCCAGGGCCACCAGCCACGCAUCGACGACAUCUUCGAGCGGAGCCAGAACAUCCUGACGGACGGCAGCCCCAACGCCGAGGCCAUCCGCCAGCGGCUGGCCGACCUGCGGCGGCUCUGGGGCCUCAUGAUCGAGGAGACGGAGAAGCGGCACGGCCGCCUGGAGGAGGCGCACAAGGCCCAGCAGUACUACUUCGACGCGGCCGAGGCCGAGGCCUGGAUGAGCGAGCAGGAGCUCUACAUGAUGUCGGAGGAGAAGGCCAAGGACGAGCAGAGUGCGGUGGCCAUGCUGAAGAAGCACCAGAUCCUGGAGCAGGCGGUGGAGGACUACGCCGAGACAGUGCACCAGCUGUCCAAGACCAGCCGGGCCCUGGUGGCUGUGGGCCACCCAGAGAGCGAGAGGAUCAGCAUGCGGCAGUCGCAGGUGGACAAGCUGUACGCGGGCCUGAAGGACCUGUCCGAGGAGAGGAGGGGGAAGCUGGACGAGAGGUACCGGCUGUUCCAGCUCAACCGCGAGGUGGACGACCUGGAGCAGUGGAUCGCCGAGCGCGAGGUGGUGGCCGGCUCGCACGAGCUGGGGCAGGACUACGAGCACGUCACGAUGCUGCAGGAGCGCUUCCGCGAGUUUGCCCGCGACACGGGCAACAUCGGCCAGGAGCGGGUAGACGCCGUCAACCAGAUGGCCGACGAGCUGAUCAACUCGGGCCACUCCGACGCCGCCACCAUCGCCGAGUGGAAGGACGGGCUGAACGAGGCCUGGGCCGACCUGCUGGAGCUCAUCGACACGCGCACGCAGAUCCUGGCCGCCUCCUACGAGCUGCACAAGUUCUACCACGACGCCAAGGAGAUCCUGGGCCGCAUCCUGGACAAACACAAGAAGCUGCCCGAGGAGCUGGGCCGGGACCAGAACACGGUGGAGACACUGCAGAGGAUGCACACCACCUUCGAGCACGACAUCCAGGCCCUGGGCACACAGGUGAGGCAGUUACAAGAGGACGCUGCCCGUCUCCAGUCAGCCUAUGCAGGGGACAAGGCCGAUGACAUACAGAAGAGAGAGAAUGAGGUCCUGGAGGCCUGGAAGGCCCUGCUGGAUGCUUGCGAGGGGCGCAGGGUGCGACUGCUGGACACCGGGGACAAAUUCCGGUUCUUCAGCAUGGUCCGGGACCUCAUGCUCUGGAUGGAGGAUGUCAUCCGCCUCAUCGAGGCACAGGAGAAGCCCAGGGAUGUUUCAUCGGUGGAGUUACUGAUGAACAACCACCAGGGAAUAAAGGCUGAAAUCGAUGCCCGUAAUGACAGCUUCACUACCUGUGUGGAGCUGGGCAAGUCUCUCCUGGCACGAAAACACUACGCAUCAGAAGAGAUCAAAGAGAAGUUGCUACAGCUGACAGACAAGAGGAAAGACAUGAUUGACAAGUGGGAAGACCGAUGGGAGUGGCUCAGACUGAUUCUGGAAGUGCACCAGUUCUCCCGGGACGCGGGGGUGGCGGAGGCCUGGCUGCUGGGCCAGGAGCCGUACCUGUCCAGCCGGGAGAUGGGCCAGAGCGUGGACGAGGUGGAGAAGCUGAUCAAGCGGCACGAGGCCUUCGAGAAGUCGGCCGCCACCUGGGAGGAGCGCUUCUCCGCGCUGGAGCGCCUGACCACGCUGGAGUUGCUGGAGGUGCGGAGACAGCAGGAGGAGGAGGAACGCAGGAGGAAACCCCCAUCCCCAGAGCCGCUGCCUGCUCCCCAGGAGUCCGAGCCGGAUCAGCAGUGGGAUGGAAAAGAAGGGGAGCAGGUUUCUCAGAACGGGCUGCCAUCAGACCAGGAGUCUCCACGGGGCCCGGAUGCGGUGGACGGAGGCGACAUUGUGAACGGAGUCGCUGAGCCCAGGUCCAGCUCCAAGGAGCCCAGCCCUAUCCCCUCUCCCACUUCGGACCGGAAAACCAAGGGCUCCUCCCUGCCCACCAAAUCAGACUCCCCCUCCGCGCAGAUGGAGGGCUUCCUGCAUCGCAAGCAUGAGUGGGAGGGACACAACAAGAAGGCGUCCAGCAGAUCCUGGCAUAAUGUAUACUGUGUGAUAAACAACCAGGAAAUGGGUUUCUACAAAGACAAUAAGAACGCUAGUCAGGGCAUCCCAUAUCAUAACGAAAUUCCCAUCAGCCUGAAGGACGCAGUGUGUGAGGUGGCAGUGGACUACAAGAAGAAGAAGCAUGUCUUCAAGCUAAGAGUGACUGAUGGAAACGAGUAUCUCUUCCAAGCCAAAGAUGACGAGGAAAUGAACAGCUGGAUCCAGGCCAUCUCCACGGCCGUGAGCAGCGACAAGUCCGAGGUGACUCCCAGCGGCCAGAGCACCCCAGCUUCGAGCCGGGCGCAGACGCUGCCCGCCAGCGUCACCCUGACCACCGAGUCGAGUCCAGGCAAGAGGGAGAAGGACAAGGAGAAGGACAAGGAGAAGAGGUUCAGCCUCUUCAGCAAGAAGAAAUGAGCGGAGCCCCGGGGGCCUUCCCAGCAGGCUGUGCGGGCGCGACGCCUCUUCCAUCUCCAGUGAAAUUCCAGCAUGCAAGCUCAGAACGAGUACACCACACUCUGUGCCUAAAGUUCCUCAAAAUUGGUGUUAGACGUAACUUCUGGCGAGUUUUUAGAAACUAAUAAAAAAAAAGGCAGAAUUAUAAGCUCUGUGGUGCAAGGUGCGUUGGGCAGCUUCCAUCCUAAAAACAAAUAACUUCAAAAAGAAACAGGACCAGUUACCUUUUUUUCUUGUUUUGUGUUUUUCUGCGUAUUUUUUUCUUCCAAUUUGAUUUUCGAAUUUUUUUUUUUCAAUAAAAUGUAUGUAGUUUCUAGGGUCUGGAUAUUUAAGCAUUUCCUCAAUUUUGUGAGGCUGUCUUGAAAACACAGUUACAUCCUUUUUGCUGUUGGAAGGCAAGGCAGCGGUGCUUCAGAACAAUUCCUUUUGAUUCUGUAAAAUUCCAAUAUAAUAAAAACACUCAUGUUGAAUUCCAUUUAAUGAGAUAGUUAUGCUGGGUCUUGACUAAUAAACCUUCCAUCCACUAUAGGCUUUCACGAAGGUGUAUCGUCUUUGCUAAUACUUAGUAUAACCAUGUGUUAAUUUGGAUACAAAACCAUAAUAAUCAAGUGUCAGCUACUAAACCAUACGUGCUGGGCUCUUACACAGUGAUUAUGACCAGUAAGUAUGGUGAAUAUAUAAGGAGGACUAGUAUACUGAAUAAAUUUUAAAUCUGUAAUUUUGGAACUUUUGUUUUCUUUUUUGUUUUUGUUGUUGUUCUUCAGUUGCAUUAUAAUGUAUGUUUCAAAUAAUUCUAGUACAGAGUAUAAAAAACUAGAUGUAUAAUAAACACUUUAAAGCAUCGAUGUUAAGUGGACAAGUGGAAAAAAAAAGCAUUUACUGGAAAAAAAGUAAUGUUACUCAAAACGGUUGCUUGCUUGUUGGCUAUAGCACUGCGUGUUAUAAUUUUUUGCUACAUUAUCUUGCUAUUUGAUACAUAGUGUGCAUUUCUCUGUCACUGUAACUAUUGUAAUGAAAAUUUUCAUCUUAUUGCACAAUCAAAAGAAAAAAAACAACAUGAUAGGAAUGAACUCCUUGCAAUUGACCAGGCCUGUAGCCGUGUAGUAAAAGGGGCGUGGCUUUCAGAUAUAUGGAUCUGCACCUGUAGACCUUUACCCUCUCCGUUAAAUAUGUGCGAUGUCAUUAAAAUGCUUUUAAAAAUUA